GCUGUCACACUAAUCCAGAAAUCAAACAACAUGGCACAAAGCAAAUUGAAUGAUCUUGCGGGCAAGCUGGGCAAAGGUGGCCCACCCGGACUGGGUAUUGGAUUGAAGCUUCUGGCGGUCGCCGGAGCUGCAGCCUAUGGUGUUAGCCAGUCCUUUUACACAGUCGACGGCGGUCAUCGCGCCAUCAUUUUCAAUCGCGUCGGCGGCAUACAGAAUGAUAUAUUCUCCGAGGGUCUGCACGUCCGCAUUCCAUGGUUCCAGUAUCCCAUUAUCUAUGAUAUUCGCUCUCGUCCCCGUAAAAUUACCUCGCCCACCGGCUCCAAAGACUUGCAGAUGAUCAACAUUUCGCUGCGUGUGCUGUCGCGUCCCGACUCUGUGAACCUACCCUCCCUGCACAAGCAGCUGGGAGUGGACUACGACGAGAAGGUGCUGCCCUCCAUCUGCAAUGAGGUGCUGAAGAGCGUCAUUGCCAAGUUCAAUGCCUCGCAGCUGAUUACACAGCGUCAACAGGUGUCGCUGCUGAUUCGCAAGGAGCUGGUUGAGCGUGCCCGUGACUUCAACAUUAUUCUGGACGAUGUCUCCCUCACCGAGCUGAGCUUCGGCAAGGAAUACACUGCCGCCAUCGAGGCCAAACAGGUUGCCCAGCAGGAGGCGCAGCGCGCCGUCUUCUUCGUGGAGCGUGCCAAGCAGGAGAAGCAACAGAAGAUUGUCCAGGCUGAGGGUGAAGCCGAAGCAGCCAAAAUGUUAGGUCUGGCCGUGAAGCAGAACCCAGCCUAUCUGAAGCUGCGCAAGCUGCGUGCCGCACAGAGCAUUGCCCGCACGAUUGCCAGCUCACAGAACAAGGUCUACCUGUCGGCUGACAGCUUGAUGUUGAACAUUCAGGACUCUGCCUUCGAUGACAUGACCGAGAAGGUUUACAAAAUUGGCACGGGCCUGCCCAAGGACUGGAUUAAUCCAGGAAAAAUGGUCGCCGCAUCGGGGCAGCAGGAGAACGGCAGUAACAACGUGGGCAAUGUUGCACACAAGACAGCGGGACGGAUGCUUUGAUUCGGGCACUGACUUAGGCCACAGUUCCCCUGAUUCUAGUACAAAUAUCAAGAUAUCGACGAGGGGAACGUACCAAAAUAGCAGACAAUGAUGACUUUGACCGUCUUCAAAUACGAAACAUUUACUUAUCUUUAUAAUUGCGUGUAUAAAAUACAUACGAAUAGUACAUAA